AUGCCUGAGAGACCGAAGCGCCGUAAAAAUAAUAAAAACAAACGUAAUAAAAAUAAAAACAAUAAGCCAGAAGUGAUUAAAAAUAAUAGUGAUGAAAAGAAAUUGGACAGUGGUGAAUCGUGUAAUAGUAAAACCGAUAGCAAAGAAGAUUUAGUUGAAAAUGAAUCUGUUGAUUUAAAAGAAAUUGAACAAGAAAUUUUAGAGCCCUCGAUUGAAAAUGAAAACGCCACAGGUAGUACCUCAAGUAAUGUAGUUAAUUUGAAUGGUGAUUUAAAUAAUAACAGCGAACAAAUUAUUGAAAAUGUGCCGACCUCACCAACAGAUAAAUGCGUUACUGUUGAUGCCGUAGACGCUUCAGCUUACGUCGUAGAAGCACCUGGCCAAUCUCGUCAAAGUAAAAGUAAAGUCAAAUUAUCAAGCAAAAGUAAAAGUUUAGAUGAUGAUGAAGCUACAAAAAUUAUCGAUAUCACCGAAGAUGUUGCAGUUGAGCCCUCAAAUGAAAAUGCUUUGGCUUUAAUAGAAACUCAAAAUGUCAUAGUCACCCAUGUUGAUUCCGAUGUGGAGUGGGAGAAUGCUGCAGAACUUAAUGAAGUUGAUGUAAAACAACCACAAGAACUUGUUACGGGUACUUUAUCAAUUACCUCGAUCCCUCUCACUGUGGCGCAAUGUGAACAAACGAAAUCUCUGACACCUGAUGAAGAAAAGUCUUUAAGAAGUUAUUUGAAUACUCUUAACUUAGCAACUCAACCAGAUGGUGUAAAUUCUAUAGAAAUAAAAACUGAAAUUGAAGAAAUAAUAAAUCAAGAAAUUAAACACAGGUUACGCAAAAAAGCAAUGGCUGAUGACUUUUUCCUGCACAGGUUGGGACCUCCAAGAAUGUUGGACGUCAUUGAUGAAGAAGGUAGUAGUGGAUCAUCUAUGACUUCAAGACGUCAAUCCUAUCUCAGUGACAAAAAGAGUGAUGUUGAGGACCUGGAGGACGACGUAUUUGAGGAUAAUAAAAGCAAAUUAACUAAACAGAAGAAAAUGAUGUCCACUGCCGUUCACAAGAAAUCUUUUGGAAAACUAGUACCUCAAGAGUGUCUCUUAGUAGGUGCUAAAAUUAAAGAACCUGAAGUAAGUGAAGCCAGAGGUGAUUGGACUGUGAAAACUGUCGAGAAAAUGACUGGUGCUGAGGUGGUUUACUUAACAGAUACAUCUAGUAGUACAAGUUCGCUUCACGAAAUCGGCGAUGAAGAUGAUGGUGUCGAUACAGAUGUGUCAGUACGUAUGAUUACACCAACGAUAGAAGUCACUGACACGGAAAAUUUCCUUAAAAAAACGUUUAUUUCAAACACUGAUAAUAAACAACAUGUAUUUACUAAUCCCGAUGAAAUAACAGAAAUACCCAUUCAAGUUAUGAAUAAUGAACAGGUCAGUGAUAAAACAGAAAAGAAAAAUACUAAGCGUAUAAUAAAGCUGCAGGUAGAAAAUGACCAAAAUAUAAACAUGGACGAAAAUGUGUCCGAAAAAAUGGGUACCGAAAGGGUUGUAGAAGUUAUUUAUGAUAAAGAAAUAAAGGAAAACUCUCAAAGUAUUGUUCGUGAUGACACAAAACCUAAUGAACAUAUAAUAAAAAUAGCCUUGGAACAAGAUGUUAAGAAAAAUGACGAAGAAAUUAAUACCAGUAAUAAAACAGACAAUCACCGCACCUUAAGACAAGAAAGCGGAAAUUGUUCUGAAGAAAGUAAAAAUAUCGUAGAACAUAUUUCUAGUCAAAAUUCCCAUGAAAUCGUAGUUUUGUCAACGGAUAAUAUUAAAACUAACUUAUACGUCAAAGAUAUCGAAGAACCUAUAAAUAAAAAUGAUAACAAAAAGCAAACAACGCAAAACAAAUACGAGUUAGAAUCAAAACUCAUAAAAUGCGAAUUUAAUGAUGCUAUAAAUAACUUGAUUAAGGAAGUUGUUUCUGAAUCGGAGGAUACAAAUGAAAAUGCAAAAGAAACAUUUUCCCGACAGGAUUCCUCAAGCAGUGUGGACUCCUCUCAAUGCACGGCAAAAUAUAACCCUAAUUAUUCUUCCCUAAAUGACAUUGUUAGCAUGACGCAUGAUGAAACUACUAUGAAUAACAAGACAAACUCAGAACAAUUGUCUGCCACUGCCAGUCAUGUCAAAGAUGUAUUUGAAUGUGUUACAGGAGCCUCACGUCAAAAUAAGACCAUAGCUGAUGAUGACACAAAAGAGCCGUUAAAAUUGAGAGAUUUGUGUGUCAGAAACAUAGCAACAUUGCCUUAUGGUAAGAAAAUACUUGAAGAAUUAGCGUCUGUGUCAGAACGUUUACAGAAUAUUGCACUUUACGGAACUACAGCAAAAGUAAUAGACAAGAAACCAAACACUGACAAGAUGCCACAUUACCGGUUACCUGACGUCUCAUCAAUUGACACGAUAACUAUACCAGUUAAAACAAAAGAUCCCGUACCUCCACCUGUUAAACCUCGACGGUCCUCACUAAGGAAAACGUCACAAGAAGAAGAACACUGGACUGGUGUACCUACAAAAACUGAACCUGUAUACGUUUGUCUGUCCCCUUCACAAAAAAUGUUGAUGGAAAAAACGAAUACUGUGAUAACAAAAGAUGAAGCAAGCCAUCUUGUUGAUAUGCAUAGAAAAUUUGUAGAUCGUCGUGGUUAUAAUGAACAAUACAAAAGUGACAAGGAGAGAGAAGAAAGUGAUACCGAUAAUACUCCAAUUAUACCAUUUAAAUCUCAAACUGGAAGCCGUUUGCUGGCUUUGAUUCGCGAUCCUACUCUCACGAAUAAUAUCAACUCUCUAAACCAAAGAUUAAACAGCAGUACAGAUGACAUUCAAAUGAAACGUACUACAACGACAUUCAUGAAAAGUAAUCAUGACCGAUUUGCAAACAGAGACUUCUCAUUCAAGCCAAUUCCACCACCACGACCUAAAAAGUACUCAUCAUCAUUUUAUGAAAGUGAUGAAAGUUCUGAUUUUACUGAUAGCUCCAUGCGCUCAAUGAAAAGUGAAAGAAAGUUUUUCCAUUACUCUACUGGAAACCUUAAUAAAGAAAUUGAGAGUGACGUCUCUUCAAUCCAAAAUAUGCAUCGUUUCUUUACCGACAAAAGAGACGAGAUGAACGACUAUAAAUGUCCGAGAAGACCUUCACUCCCGAAAGAUUUAUGUGAACAACAAAUGGAAUACAUCCGUAAAAAAGAAAAGGAAGUAGAAGCCGAAAUACAACGUCUCGAAGCUUUAAAAAGUAAUAUUCCACAGAUGCAAAAACAAUCUGGGCCCAGAGCACCUCUGAUAUCUGAAAAGGAAGUAAUUGAUGAAAGAAUAAAAGAUUCAAAUAACUAUUCUAUAUCGCGUAAAAAAGAUGUAGUUAUGACGUCUCAUGGGUCGGAACCAAAGAAAGGAAAGUUGUCUUCAGUAUUCAGUAGUAGCCAGGAAGAAUUACUUCGUGAAAAAAUGUACUCAGAAUACGUAUCGCAAAUGGCAGAACGUGAGGAAAGGCGGCAACAUAAAGUCAUUAAAAUUACCAAUCCAACUCCAUCUUCUACAAAUCACAUAACAAUUUCAAAAAGUAUGCCAGCUCUUGAUAUUCUUGAUGCUAAAGUCAACAAUAGAAUCGAAAAAGAGUUCAUUUCUAAAGCUAGGGAACGGUGGGAUAAGCUAGGUAUUAAAGACCCCGAAACUGAAGACGAACGAGAAUCUACUAACGUGUAUAAAGAGCCUAAAGUGAUAGAACAUAAAAUUAAAGUGAUCGAAGGUGGUGAGGAGAAGGACGUUAAAAAGUUACCGAGCCAUCUGCAAGAGUUUGUGCGGUUUACGGCUAAAGACACUGAAAAGAGCACGAGCAGCGCUGGUGAGUCCCCUGGACCAGCAUCCCCGCAUCUUGUGAUUAUGUGUGCAGUGAUUAUAAUCGUGAUAGCCGUUGGCAAAUACUUUUUACGUUUGUUGCGAAACAAAUGA